GCUUUUUAAGUUAAAUUCAUAGAACUAGUACAUAUAACACCUUUAUAAUGUCUUCAAUUAUUGAACUUUCAGAUAUAGAUGAUUAUAAUGAGAAAAACUUAAUUAAAAUAGAGAAUAAUAGUGAUAGCAAAAAUGAAUUAAAAAAAUAUCCAGAUACAUUUUCAGAAGAAGUUGCAACCAUUCAAUAUUCAACAAAUGGUUCAGGCGGUACCAUAAAUAUUCAAGAAUGUCCUUUUUUUGAAAGAAUAUCCAUUAAAAAAAAUCAAAGAAAAUGCCAAGGAAUAAAGUUUUAUCAGUUUACUGACCCUGAAUUUAUUAAUCAAGAACACUCAAAAAAUACUCCUUGUAAUUUCAAAAAAAACAAUAUCCUAUGCAAUGGAAGACCUCAUAUUGGAAGAAUAACUAAUUAUCAAACAAAUACAGUCGACUCUGUUGAUAUUUCAUUACUUCAAAGUCUAUUCACAGGUUUUGCAUCUAUACAAGAUAUAGUAAAGUGUAGUAUGAUACUUUCUAAAAGUUGUAAACAUAAAAAAUAUAUGCCACAUAUAUAUAAUGGAAGUAUGGAACUAUUUUAUGAUAUUGUCAAAUGUCCUUUUGUAGCACUUGUAUGUAUAGGAACACAUAAUCAUUCACCCUCAAAUAACUUAGAAUCUUUAAUUAACCAAGAUAUUCAACAAGAUGAUAAUGUUACUUCAAGAUCAAUAUUGUCAGGAAAUCUACUCAGUGCUUAUUUUAAUAAAGAAACAUUGGCAGAAGUUCAUGUUUCUCUCAAUAAUAUAGACAAGUUACGAUACUUAGUAGGAAAAGCAUACAAGACCUUGCAUCAUUUUGGACAAGGAGUUAUAGGAAUUUAUCAUGAUAUAUUAAAUCCCAAAUCAGAUUUAAUAAAUUAUGUUCGCAAAAUUGAUCUUUAUUCAAAUAAUGGCCAAGUAAUUAUUACUUGUAUGCUUGAUAAUCAAGCUAAAAAAUUAAUUACACUUGAUUAUUUUCAAAUUGAUGUCAGCUUUAAACGAGUAAAAGGAGAGAUAAAUGAAUUUGAAAUUAACAAGUAUGAUUCCAAACAUCACCUGAUAUUGUCAUUUUGUCGUAUAUUUACUAAUGUUUUUACUGCUGAAGGGUAUCAUAGGUUAUUCUCAUCUUUAUUCCAAAUAAUUCGUGAAGUAAGUGGUCAAUCUAUUCAAUUUCGACAUAUUCAUGGAAGUGGUAUUGGAUGUAUUCUGGCUGAUCUGGACGCUGCACAGGCUAAGGGGUUAGGAUUAGCAUUACAUGAUUUGGAUCACGAAAAAAGUUGGGAAACACACUUGACAUUUAUUUUGAAAACAUGCCUUGUACACUUUGAAAGAAAUUUAUUUCAUAAAACAUUUACUAUAAGCACGAAAAAUUUAAUACGACAAAUUCCUAAUGCAACUAGUAAAGAACAAGUUCAUGAUCUUCUGCAACAAAUAGAAGAUACAAAUGAUGAAGGAAUAAAAGAAUGGUUGAAUUAUUAUCAACAAUCAUAUGUUUUAUCUUCCUUAAAUAAAUACGUUUCAAAUGUUGAUCAUGAGAUUUGGAAUAAAAGUGGAUCAGAUACUAAUAAUGCUGAAGCGGCCCAUUCCAUGGCUAACAGAGAAGGAAAGCAAUUGAAGUUAUUAUCAGCCAUUUUAAAAGGAAAAAGGUACGAUGCAAGGUGUUAUAUAACGAUUGAAGUUCAUAACAAAAAUGGAGUACCUUACACUCAUAGAGACAAAAGUGAUGUUAAGAGAUUACAAAAUUCAAUUGUACGCAAAACAUCUCGUAUUCAAAAGAAUAAAGUAUCUCUUAAUGAUAAAUUACCCAAGUCAUCAAAAAAAAAAAGAAAAUUAUCACCUUCUAAUAGUAGAACACCUAUUAGAUCAAAGGAAAAUCAUGAAAGAGCUGAAAAUAUUUUAUCAGACAAUGAAGAAGAAACAUUUUCUAAAGAGAUUCAUAAAAAAAAUCUCGAGUUAGAACUUAAAGAGAAGGAAAUUAUAUUGAAAUUAAAACACGAGUAG